AUGGCGGUGGACGGAAAGGACAUCAAAAUUUACACCAGCACAGAAGAAGUGACUUCUAGUAUCAUCGAGUCCACCAGUCCCAGCGAAGCCCAACUAUUACGCGAUGUUCCGGCAUCCGAGGAAAGCGGAUAUGAUGAGGAGAAAAAUCCAUUCAGGGACCCAGCUGUUGCCCAACACUGGAGAGAAGUAUAUGAAAAGUCAAAUUAUGAGUGCCGGCAUGUGUUUGACCCGACGCUAUCUUGGUCGGAAGAAGAGGAGCGUCGCCUCGUGAGGAAGUUGGAUUGGCGGAUUUGCCUCUGGGCCUGUGUCAUGUUCUUCGGCCUCCAAGUCGACCGUGGAAACCUUGCACAGGCUGUGUCGGAUAAUAUGCUAGAUGACUUGGGACUGACUACGAACGAUUACAACUACGGCAAUAGCGUAUUUAGAAUUUCUUUCCUCUGUGCUGAACUUCCCUCGCAGCUCGUAUCGAAGAUGGUUGGCCCAGACCGGUGGAUUCCUGUACAGAUGGUUUUAUGGUCUGUUGUUGCCAUUUCUCAGUGUGCUUUGACUGGCCGUGCAAGCUUUCUUUGUACACGGAGUCUUCUAGGAUUUUUGGAGGGAGGAUUUAUUCCUGACAUUGUUCUUUGGCUAUCUUACUUUUAUACGUCUCGUGAGCUUCCAGUCCGCCUCAGUUACUUUUGGACUUCUCUAUCCGUUACUGGAAUUGCCACUUCUCUACUUGCUUUUGCUCUGCUACACCUCCGUGGUGUUCACGGCUGGGCUGGCUGGCGGUGGCUGUUCCUUGUUGAAGGACUCAUCACCCUUGUUGUCGGGCUUGCUUCCUUCUUCCUAAUGCCAGCUUCUGCCGUACAGACUAAGACAUGGUUCCGCCCCAAAGGCUGGUUUACAGACCGAGAGGUCUCUAUCGUCGUCAACAGAGUUCUGAGGGACGAUCCGUCCAAGGGGGAUAUGCAUAACCGCGAAGCCAUUACACCAAGGCGACUGUGGGAGACGCUAAAGGAUUUCGAUCUCUGGCCGAUUUAUAUCCUUGGCGUAGUUGUUUUUAUACCUCCGAGUCCACCUGCGACAUACAUCACCCUUACAUUGAGGAAAAUAGGAUUUGAUCCGUUCACCACUAACUUGUUGAUAAUUCCAUACAAUGUCUUCCACAUUAUCAAUCUUAUUUUAAUCACUCGACUGUCGGAAUGGCUAAACGAACGCGCCUUAGUGUCUAUGAUACAAGUUCUAUGGACACUUCCGUGCGUCAUUGCUUUGCGUUGGUGGCCUGGUGUUAUGGUUGAUCAAUGGGGCACAUACGCUCUCGUUACGGUGUUGACAUCAUACCCGUAUUGCCAUGCAAUUUUGGUUGGCUGGACAUCAAAAAAUUCUAAUAAUGUUGGCACACGCUCAGUAUCAGCUGCGAUAUACAAUAUGUGUGUUCAAGUUGGGAGCAUCAUAUCUGCAUAUAUAUACGUACAAAGUGACGCCCCGCUCUAUCACCGCGGUAACUUCAAUCUCUUCAUUAUUAAUAUACUCGGCAUUGUACUCUUCCUUCUUGCAAAGGUUUAUUACAUUUUCCGAAACAAGCAGCGCGACAAGGCUUGGAACGCAUUAAGUGAAGAAGCGAAAAAGGAAUAUGCCGCUAAUAAGACUAUCCAAGGCAGUAAGAGGCUAGACUUUAGAUUUGCGCAUUGA